AUGAGCGUGGCAUCGUCGGAGGAAUCUCCCAUUUCAGCUCAGCGGAUCGAUUCGUUCAACGGCGAGCAGAGAGUCUACUUCGUCCCGUUGAGGUGGUGGAAAGAUGCACAAGAUUCAACGCCUUCUGAGUCAGUUGAAAUUAGAGAGGUCUUGUAUACGGCAACAAAUGGGUCGUCUUAUGGAGGUCCAAUGAAGUUGAUAAACAACAUAUUCAAUUCCGAUAUUUUGUUCGAUCUGAGGAGAGAAGGAGAUGCUGCACCGAAUGGUGAAACGGGAGAAGCAAGCGUAUCAGGCAGGGACUUUGCAUUGGUCUCAAGCGAUAUGUGGCUCCAGGCACUAAAAUGGCAUCAUGAUGAUAAAAAUACUGAGAGAGGUGUAAAAAGUUUCUCGUCUGGAGGAGUUGACAGAGGUGAUGUUUAUCCAGUACAACUCAGGCUCAGCGUUUUGCAGGAAACCAAUUCACUGGCGGUUAAAAUUUGCAAAAAGGACAAUUCAGUUGAGUGCUUCAGAAGAGCAUGCAAGAUAUUCAGUUUGGAUUCUGAGCAGUUGCGCAUUUGGGACAUUUCUGGCCAAACUACAUUGUUUUUCGAAAGUGAUGCGAGCAAUUCCAAGGAUUGUCAACAACAAACAGAUCAGGAAAUACUCCUAGAGCUGCAGAUUUAUGGGCUAUCAGACUCCAUCAAAAUGAAGGACUCGAAAAAGGAAGAUGGUUCCACACAGCAAACCAAUGGGAUUACCAACGGCAUCAAUGGUGGCACAACGUUCAGAUUUGGACGGAGUAAUUCUUUGAGCUUUUUGGGAAAAGCUGGAGAAGCUGGAACUUUGGGGUUGACAGGCUUGCAGAAUCUAGGGAAUACUUGUUUCAUGAACAGUUCCCUUCAGUGCUUGGCCCACACACCAAAGCUUGUUGACUUCUUUCUUGGAGAGUACAGUAAAGAAAUAAAUCUUGAUAACCCAUUGGGAAUGAAAGGUGAGAUCGCCUUAGCUUUUGGUGACCUGUUAAGGAGUUUGUGGGCUCCAGGUGCAUCAACAAUUGCGCCAAGGACAUUUAAAGCAAAACUUGCUCGAUUUGCUCCGCAGUUUAGUGGCUUUAAUCAGCAUGAUUCGCAGGAACUUCUAGCUUUCUUGCUGGAUGGACUUCACGAGGACUUAAACCGUGUAAAGAACAAGCCUUAUGUGGAAGCAAAAGAUGGAGAUGGCCGUCCAGACGAAGAAGUGGCGGAUGAAUAUUGGCGAAAUCAUGUGGCUCGCAAUGAUUCAAUAAUUGUUGAUGUGUGCCAAGGUCAAUACAAGUCAACAUUAGUUUGUCCUAUUUGCAAAAAGGUUUCUAUUAUGUUUGAUCCGUUCAUGUACCUAUCACUACCUUUGCCAUGCACUUCAAUGCGAACAAUGGAUUUAACAGUCAUGAGUGCCGACGGGGUUAGUCUGCCUGUUUCAUUGACUGUCAACGUUCCUAAGUUUGGAAAAUUUGAAGAUCUUCAUAAGGCUCUUGUCACUGCCUGCUCUUUACCAGAGGAUGAGACCUUACUGGUUGCUGAGGUAUUCAACAAUCAGAUUAUUCGCUUACUGGAGGACCCUACCGAUUCAUUAACCUUGAUCAGAGAUGGUGACAAACUUGUCAUAUAUCGGUUAAAGAAAGAUGCAAACGAUUCUCCUUUGAUUGUGUUUAUGCAUCAGAAGCUGGAAGAGCAGAUUAUCAAUGGGAAAUCAAUCCCAGAUUGGAAGGCAUUUGGAAUCCCAUUGGUCUCAAGGCUUUCUGAUGUCGAGAAUGGAUCUGAUGUUGAGAACCUCUACCUGAAAUUGCUUGGUUCAUUUAAGAUGCCUACUGAAUUCUUCACAGACAAUCUUGAAAAUUCGGCUGAAGAAGAAAAUCUUGAAAACUCGGCUGAAGAAGAAAAUCUUGAAAAUUCGGUUGAAGAAGAAGCUACUGAUAAAGCAGGUACCGAGGCUAUUGAUACAGCAGGUACCGAGGCUACUGAUGAAGCAGGUACCGAUGGUACUACUUCAGUUGAGGAAACAAAUUCUACUGAUGUGAAGGAGACUACAGAGUCUGUUCCAGACCCUGUGUUGAGGCUUUACCUAACCGACAACAAAGGAAGGUCAAUAGAAUCUGAAAUACUGAAAGAAAAGCCUGUAAAUAUCAAAACCAUGCGGCUGAACGUACUUGCACGUUGGCCAGUGAAAGAUCUAGACGCUUAUGAUACUUGUCUGCUGAGCUCCUUACCUGAGGUUUCCAAAUCAGGAACUCGGAGACCCCAGGAAACCGUUUCGCUUUACAAAUGCCUUGAAGCAUUCUUGACAGAGGAGCCUCUUGGUCCUGAUGACAUGUGGUAUUGUCCUGGCUGCAAAGAGCACCGGCAAGCCAUUAAAAAGUUAGACCUCUGGAGGUUGCCAGAGAUCCUGGUGAUUCAUCUGAAGAGGUUUUCUUAUAGCCGAUUUAUGAAGAACAAGCUGGAGGCUUAUGUGGACUUCCCGAUAGAUGGUCUUGAUCUGUCAAGCUACAUCUCCUACAAGAAUGGUGAGACAACUUAUCGGUACAUGCUCUAUGCGAUUAGCAAUCACUAUGGAGGCAUGGGAGGUGGUCAUUACACGGCAUAUGUCCACCAUGGAGGUGAUAGGUGGUAUGACUUUGAUGAUAGCCAUGUCAACCCAAUCAGCCAAGAAAAGAUCAAGACCUCUGCUGCUUACGUUCUCUUCUAUAAACGUUUGGUAGAAGACUAA